UUUUUUGUAUCCCAGUGGCGUUGCCGCCAAUAAACAACAUUGACGUUAAUUGCUCGCCCUCGAUUAAUUAGUUUAUCGGGAGUUUAUCGAUUUUUUUUUAGAAAUUGUUGUUGCUGCCGAUCGAAGGCGCCGCGAGCUGAAGAGGAAUGCCUCGCAGGAAGGUGGAACGCUGCGUCCUGACGCUGAGCCACGUCAGCAGCUCGGAGGGGGACGAGGAGGACGAGGAGGACGAAGAGGAGGAGGAAGAGGAGGAGGAGGAGGACGAGGAAGACGACGAGGUGGAGAUGGAGGUGCUGGCCUCCGAGGCCACGGACUCGGCCGGGGAGGGGAGCGAUGAGAGCAGCUCCGGCGGGCAAGGCCCGCGGCGGUCGGGGAGGCUCGCGCGCUCAACCCGCGGCUCCACGCGAGCCCAGGCCGCCGCCGCCGCCGCUGCCGCCAGCGCCAACAACAGCGCCAACACAACCGGCAACGCCACCAGCGCCGCACCGGGAGAAGCGGGGCGGGAACCGGCGCCGUACCCGACGAGGAGCAGGGGGGGCCACGGCGUCCCCCUGCGCCGGCUCGCCGGCACCGCCGGCACCGCGGGCCUCACCGACGGCGCCCGUGCGACGGGCGGCCUACGGCGCGUGCGCUCCUCCGGCUCCGAGUCGGAGCUCACGGCCACGGAGCACGCCGACCGCGACGAGUCUCCCCCGCGCACCCCCACGGGGAACGCCCCGUCUUCCGACUCGGAGCUGGACGUGUCGAGCGGCCCGGCGUCGCGCGCCGCCAGCGGAGACCGCGACCCCGACUCCGGCAGCGAGCGCGGCGGCACCACCGCCACCAGCGGCGGGGCCGGCGCCGGCUCCGCUGCCGGCGGCGCGGGAAAGGCCGCCGGUUCCUCCUCGUCUUCCUCCUCCUCGGCCACCGCCGCCGCCGCCGCCAACGCUGCUGCCGCCGUCAAGACGACGACGGCGCGGCCGCCGCCCCGCAAGCGAGCGCGCCGGCAGGGCCACCAGCGGCAGAGCGGAGAGGACGGGAUGGCGGACGGGAACGCCAAGCCUGACGGCGGCGGCGGCGGCGGCGGAGAUGCAGCCGUGGGUUCGACCCGCGUUCCCCGCGCCAGCUGUCCAACGCCGGGAUGCGACUCUCUCGGUCACCUCGCGGGGAAGUCCGAGCGGCAUUUCUCAACCGUCGCCUGCCCCCUCUACCACAACAUGACCGCCGAGGAGUGCAGGUUGCGAGCAGGGCGGUACGAGAAGGAGCUGGCGGAGCAGGAGCUGGCCGAUCAGCAGGACGAGAAUCGACACACGACCCGGCACGGAGGCCCGACAGAGAAACAGCUGCGCUAUCGAGAAAAGGUCACCGAGCUGCGCAAGAAUCGGAACGCGGGCCCAACAGAGGAGCAGAAACAGAAGUACAUUGAGCACCGGCAGACGCACGCCAUGAGCCGAGAGCCGCUCCUCGACGGGCUGACGUCGCCCUACGACCUGGAGCUGUUCCGGCGAGCGCAGACACGCGCCUGCCUGGACAUGGAGCAGAUGCACCUGCGCGGGGCCGCGUGCGACGGCGACGGAGCGCUGGCGGGGGCGGCCGUGGUGGGCGCCUGUCUCGAGGCCGGCAUCCGCACCAUCGUGUUUGGGCGCUACGAGCUCGACACGUGGUACCACUCGCCCUACCCCGAGGAGUACACGCGCCUGGGCAAGCUCUACGUCUGCGAGUUCUGCCUCAAGUACAUGAAGAGCCCCACCAUCCUGCGCAGGCACAUGGCCAAGUGCGUUUGGAAGCACCCGCCGGGGGAUGAGAUCUACCGGAACGGCAGCGUGUCCGUCUUCGAAGUGGACGGCAAAAAGAACAAGACGUACUGCCAGAACCUGUGCCUCCUGGCCAAGCUGUUCCUGGACCACAAGACGCUGUAUUACGACGUGGAGCCCUUCCUCUUCUACGUCAUGACGGAGGGAGACAAUGCCGGCUGCCACCUCGUCGGUUACUUCUCCAAGGAGAAGAACUCGUUCCUCAACUACAACGUGUCGUGCAUCCUAACCAUGCCGCAGUUCAUGAGGCAGGGCUACGGCAAGAUGCUCAUCGAAUUCAGCUACCUGCUGUCGAAGAUGGAGGACAAGAUCGGGUCACCCGAGCGACCGCUCUCCGACCUGGGCCUCAUCAGCUACCGCAGCUACUGGAAGGGCGUGGUGCUGCGCUACCUGCACGGCUUCCACGGCAAGGAGAUCUCCAUCAAAGAGAUCAGCCAGGAGACGGCCAUCAACCCCGCAGACAUCGUCAGCACGCUGCAGUACCUGCAGAUGCUCAAGUACUGGAAGGGCAAGCACCUGGUACUCAAGCGGCAGGACAUCAUCGACGACUGGCUCGACAAGGAGGCCCGCAAGCCGGCGAACGACAAGGCCAUCGACUCGUCGUGCCUCAAGUGGGCCCCUCUCAAGGGAUGAGCAAAGUGGUUAGCGGCGGCGAGAGGUGGUGGGGGACGUAGAGCGAGGAGUCUUACCAAGCGAGAGAGCAAUUUUCUGAGCGAGUGGAACAUUGAUUGGGCUGACGGGAGUGCGAGCGUGCGAGACAGCGAGAGAGAGAGAGUGUGUUGACGGGCCGAGCGAGGGGCAACGGCAAGAGUGGGAGGGCAGCGAUGGGAAGGGGGUUUGGCAGAGGAAAGGUUAUAAGAGGUGGGCGCGGGAGAUUGAGAGAGAGGGAGGGGAAGUGCAAGAGCCGGGCGUAUAACGCGAGAGCGCGUGACAGAUGCAGGGUGACAAGUACGUGAAACGUCGUGGCAGAGUGACGGAGGGGUUGAGCGAGAGCACGAGAGGGCAUGAGAAUCCGACCUCAUCCGUCCGUUCAUCCCGUCAGGCCCGCAGCCUCGUAGGCCCCUCGUUGUCCUGUGUCAGGUGAUCGCGAUAGCUGCUUUUACAAUAGGACAUCCGUCCCGACGAUGUUGCGUUGUUUGCGCCGCGAACGCGGGACGGCAUCGGAAGCGGAGCGCGAUGACGUUGACACUGCCCCGCUCGUGUUUUGUCAUUAAGGGAGCGGAGGUUCACACGACACAGAUUCUCCCCCCCCCGCUUGACCUUGUAGACUACAGAGGAACGUGACCUCCUCCUCAUAGCCCACAGAGGGGGCACCCAUUACGGCUGGCGCAUGGCGCACGAGCGGGGCAGGUGCGGUCACUGCCGUGCCUCGCCUGCCUUUGUCUCCCCGCUACUGAUGUCCACUGGCUGCGUUGGUGGCAGGUUUAGAGGCUGGCUUGACCACGGGAGAGACCCAGGACAGGCCGAGGGGGUUCAGAUGAUGACCUCUUUGCUACCGUUGCCCCCGCGCUCACGCGAAGGCACGGCUCCACAUCGGUUCGGCCGUGGGUCGAAACGUUUGGCUGAAGGUGACGACUUAAUGAGCCACACGUUGGCAACGUUAACUAAAACGCUCGCUUAUCGGAAGAUUUUAAACGCAGUAAUGGCAGGUGAAUUCUUUUUAAUGUUUGGGCGUAAACGGGGGGGCAAAAUAGCUCCGUUGCCUUACGAACCCGGCAGAGAAGCCGAGUUUGAUUCCCGCUCACGACUAACACCAGUGAAGAUGAUCUGAACCGGUCCAGGGCCUCCCCUAGGUGAACUCGGCCUCAAAUGAGUCCCUGGUGCGGUGUGUAAACAUCGUCACCGGGGAGAUAAAGGUGGUAGGGCGUGGUGCUGACCAUCCACCCCCUUGUGUGCUUUGCUGGCCUUCAUAGGUGCUCGCUUACAAUCAUUGCCACAACAGUCUGUUAAAGCUGUAGGGGGGAUCUUUGUUUUUGUGUGUGUAGUGUGGUAUGUGUGUAUGUAGUAUGGUAUGUGUGUAUGUAGUAAUGUAUGUGGAUGUAGUAAUGUGUGUGUAUAUAGUAAUGUAUGUGUGGAUGUAGUAAUGUAUGUGUGUGUGAAUGUAGUAAUGUGUGUGUGUGUAUUAAGUAGUGUGUGUGGAUGUAGUAAUGUGUGUGGAUGUAGUAAUGUGUGUGUAUGAAGUAGUGUGUGUGUGUAUGAAGUAGUGUGUGUGUGUAGUAGUGUGUGUGUACGUAGUAAUGUGUGUGUGUGUAGUAAUGUGUGUGUAGUAAUGCCAGCGGGCUUUCGACACUUCACGUGGCCUCAAGGUGCACUUGGCCUGGCACAAGCAUCGUGGUGACGUCACCGCCACUUAGUGGCGAAUGGCGGUUGUUGUUGUAGUAAUGUGUGUGUGUGUGUGUAGUAGUGUGUGUGUGUGUGUGUAGUAAUGUGUGUGUGUGUAGUAAUGUGUGUGUAGUAAUGUGUGUGUGUGUAGUAAUGUGUGUGUGUAUGUAGUAGUGUGUGUGUGUGUAGUAAUGUGUGUGUGUGUAGUAGUGUGUGUGUGUAUGUAGUAGUGUGUGUGUAGUAGUGUGUGUGUACGUAGUAAUGUGUGUGUGUAUGAAGUAGUGUGUGUGUGUAGUAAUGUGUGUGUGUAUGAAGUAGUGUGUGUGUGUGUGAAUGUAGUAGUGUGUGUGUAUUUAGUAGUGUGUGUGUGUAUGUAGUAAUGUGUGUGUGUGUAUGUAGUAAUGUGUGUCUGUAUGUAGUAAUGUGUGUGUGUAUGAAGUAGUGUGUGUGUAUGUAGUAAUGUGUGUGGAUGUAGUAGUGUGUGUGUAUGUAGUAAUGUGUGUGUGUAUGUGGUAAUGUGUGUGUGUGUAUGUACUAAUGUGCAUGUGUGCAAUGCAUUGGUGUGUGUGUGUGUGUGAAUAAAAUGAUUUGUAUGGCUCUGGAUGAAUAGACAUUGAACCCAUCUGGCAGUUCACGAGCAUUGGUUCAAAGUAAGCCUGACCCCUGACGAGACACCAAAUGUCUAAACCGAUUCAGAAGUUUUACUCACGUUGAACCAAUUCUGUGCCGAUGCGGUGCAUUCCCAGGUAGCCCGUGCAGCUGAUGGGUUGUCUAUAUAUUUUUUUAUUUUGUACGCGGAGGAACAAACGUGUGAAGGCCGCGAUAUUUGAUUCGCCAUUCACGUUUCUGACAGCGGCGCCUGGCGACGAACUUAGUGUCGCGUGCCGACGUUCAUUUUGUGCGCUUGCGAUGCUACGAUUCGAGUCGCGUCGACUCGCGUUGCACGCGUCGGCCGAUCGCUCGCGUGCAAGAGGUCGGUGUCUCGCUGGGCUCCAGCGAUCCCUCUGCACCUCUCAAGUGGAUGUUACGUUGGCCGCGGGCGUUCCUCGAAACGUUGCCCCUGCCGAGCGUUUAUGGCAACGUGUGAAAGCAAAGUGAUUCUUCAUUGGGCGUGGAUGGAACGGUGCGCGCGGAUGCGUUGUCCCAACUCGCGUGUUGGCGUGGACGAGAGUGGAAUUGUGACGGUAUGGACGAGUGGAAUCGCGAAGUUGGGGGGGGGGACGUGUUCCCGCGUGGCGUUUGUCGGGUUCUGUUACAAUCGCGCCGUUCAAAGGUGAACCUGGGUUCCUUUGAAUCGCUUCCGCGUUGCGUCCCGAUUAGCGGCGCCCGCGCUUGCUCGGAAGGCCCCCAUUUUUUUUUUCAAGGCGCGGGACCCCCCUUGAGAAAGGCUUCUACGACCAUUUUUUUUUUUUAGUUUGUAACGGGGCUCGCACUUUUUACCCGACGCGCACUGUCCGCAGCGGGUCCGCGGGUCGUUCUCACGAACGCCGCCGGGAGGUUUACGCCUUCGAAAAUAAUGAAGCUGCAAGAAGAGUUGCUUGCCGGGCGCGCGCGUGGAGUUGAGUUAAAGUGCAGGGAUAAUGUCUUCGUUUAUAUGGAAGCCCUCUCCUUUGACCCUCGAUUGUACCGGCGGAAUGGGUGGG